CCUGCAGGAGUCUGAAAUGGAACAGCCCAGUAACAGAUACAUUAUGAGGCGCUUCUGUCUGCCUGGAGGCGGGGGAUGGGAUGGUUUUGUGGAAGAAGAUAUGAAGCGCUGUCCCUCCUCACAACGAAGUGGACAAGUGCCUUAUUUGGUUUAGAGAAUCUCCUCAGAAUCAAGCCAUGGUUUGUUCUACUUGAAGUAACCAUUAGAAAAGUAGAACAGGUUUUAAUUUAAUCCACUCACACAAACAUAUUCACGAAAUGGUGGCUAAACCAUAGUAAGGGAGCAUUCGGUUAUUUUACUGACAGCCUAAACACUCUUUUGGUUCUGUGGAGUUCUUGCGGCCUAGUAGCUAAAGCCCUUCCCAGUCCACUCCUGUCAGUGAAUAAAAUCCUGAUUCCCUUCAGCGCCUUAUCUUUCCCCUCAGUGCAGCUGCUUAAGGAGAGUAGAAACAGACAGGUCUGCCUCAGCCACAGCUAAUUUGGGAAGCCCUUGAGAAGUUGAACUAUGGAUUACUGUCCUUAUGGUUAAAGCAGGAACACAUGGGAAGAAGCCCUUCUAUGAAGAGAUCCUUUACUCAGCAUAAAGUAUAUGAACUGCUACUCAGAUUCCAUUCUCUGAGUAUGUCAUAUGAUUACCAUUCUUCAGAAAUAAUAUCUUUAAAAGAACAGUUCAGAUGCAGCCAUAGGUUCUGCCAGGACUGCCAGUCUUGGUGACAACGUGAACCUCUAGCCUGUGCAUCACCAGCCAUCUAACAAAGCCUCCCCUUCAACACUACGCAGCUUCUAAAAUUCACUUUAUUAAAAAAUGAGUGCUGCUGCUACACUCAGCCACCACUACCAGCCUUCACCAAUGCCUGUCUCUGAACAAGAAGAUGAAGAAGGGCAGUCUCAGAUCUACAUGUGUGUAUUGUGGUAUGGAGGAGCACUGGGAAUUGCUUAUUAUGACACUGAAGACUGCUCAAUCUACUUUAUGUCUGACACACCAGACAAUGAAGACCUUAAGCUGCUACAGAAAGUGAUCGAUGAGGUACUUCCCAAAUGCAUAUUGAGUAGUGCUAAGCAAGAUUACAGCAUAGCCAAAUUCCUGGCCAGUAUAGGUGCCACUACAGGAGACAUGCAGGAAGGGAGAAAGCCAGAGGUUGUCCUCUAUCCAAAUAUGGAUUUUGGCUUAGAAGUAAGCAAACAACGGAUCCUAUCUAGGCAAUUCUCCUUUGUUCCCUCUCACAUGACAGCAACUGAGAAAAUUCUCUAUUUGUCCUCCAUUAUUCCUUUUGAGAGCUCACUAAUGGUGCGGGCAUUAGGAGGACUGCUGAAGUUUCUUGACCGGAGAAGGGUUGGAAUUGAACUUGAAGACAACCAAGUUGGGGUUCCAAUCCUGGCUUUUAAAAAGUUUGUAUUGACAGAUACUGUACAUGUAGAUCAAGACACUUACUGUGUGCUGCAGGUAUUUAAAAGUGAAGUGCACCCUUCUGUCUAUAAACAAGCCAAUGGGAAAAAAGAAGGACUCAGCUUAUAUGGAAUUCUGAACCACUGUAGGUGCAAAUGGGGAGAGAAGCUGAUGAGACUGUGGCUUAUGAGGCCCACCCGCAACUUGACGGAGUUGAAUAAACGUCUGGAUGUUAUCCAGUUCUUCUUGUUAGCUCGGAACCAUGAAACAGUACUGACUUUACAGGAAUGUCUCAAAAAUAUUAAAAACGUACCUCUGAUUCUUAGGAGAAUGGCUCUUUCUAACACAAAGGUUAGUGACUGGCAGGCACUGUAUAAAACUGUUUACAGUGCUGUGUGCCUCAGAGAUACAUGUCGCUCCUUGCCCACUACCAUUGAGCUCUUCCAGACUAUUUCACAGGCCUUCACUGAUGAUUUGCACUAUAUUGCAGGCCUAAUUAGCAAAGUGGUGGAUUUUGAAGGCAGCAUCUCAGAAAAUCACUUCACUGUCAGACCAAAUGUAGAUCCCAUCAUUGAUGAAAAGAAACGAAAGCUGAUGGGGCUCUCAGACUUCCUUACAGAGGUUGCCCGAAAAGAGCUGGAGGAUCUGGAUAAUCGGAUCCCAUCUUGUAGUGUGAUUUAUAUUCCUUUGAUAGGAUUCUUACUGUCCAUUCCACGACUACCUUCAAUGGUGGACAAGAAUGAUUUUGAGAUUGAAGGUCUAGAUUUUAUGUUCUUGUCAGAGGAGAAGCUGCACUAUCGUAGUACUAGGACAAAGGAGCUAGACAGCUUGCUUGGAGACCUACAUUGUGAAAUAAGAGAUCAGGAAACAUUGAUCAUGUCCCAGCUACAGACUAAGAUCUUGGAAAAGUCUGCUGUGCUUAGUGAUGUGACUGAAUACACAGCACACAUGGAUGUGCUGCUGUCCCUGGCAAUGAUGGCUCGAGAAAAUGGAUACACCCGACCCCGCUUCUCUCACUCUCAUAUAAUUCGUAUCAAGGAUGGAAGGCAUCCACUGAUGGAGUUAUGUGCAAAGACCUUUGUGCCCAAUUCAGUAGACAGCAGUGAAAUGUAUGGCCGGAUCAAGAUCCUCACUGGCCCCAAUUCAUCUGGAAAGAGUGUAUAUCUAAAGCAAGUGGGCCUUAUUACAUUUAUGGCCCUAAUUGGUAGUUAUGUCCCUGCUGCUGAAGCUGAGAUAGGGGCAGUAGAUGGAAUCUACACCAGGAUCCAUAGCAGAGAGUCAGUUUCUCUUGGACUGUCUACCUUCAUGAUUGAUCUUAACCAGGUAGCCAAAGCGGUGAACAAUGCUACUGAAAGGUCCUUGGUGCUGAUUGAUGAAUUUGGCAAAGGCACAAACACAGUAGAUGGCCUCUCUCUUUUGGCUGCUGUGCUAAGGCAUUGGAUUGGACAAGCAACCCACUGUCCACAUAUCUUUGUUGCCACUAAUUUCCAUAGCCUUGUGCAGCUGAAGCUCUUACCUGACACUCCUCUUGUACAAUACCUGACCAUGGACACCCAGCAAGAUGGGGAUGAGCUUGUGUUUUUUUAUCAGAUCAAAGAAGGUGUGUCCACUGUCAGCCAUGCAGCCAAUAUUGCAGCUUUGGCUGGCAUGCCACCUAAAGUGAUUGCCCGAGGAGUACAAGUGUCAGAGCUGCUCCGCAAUGGAAAGCCCAUCAGACGUACUGACCAUUCUUCAAAAGAGAAACAGCUGGAAAGUUGCAAGUCUCUAGUGGACAAGUUCCUCUCCCUAGAUCUUAACAACCCCCAAGUGGAUUUAAUGGAGUUUAUGAGUCAAGAGGUGCUGCCCUAUUCAGCCUCCAUUCUGUAAAAAAGAGACAUAUACUGAAUUGCUGCAUUACAGGGAAGAAUUUGACUUUUUCUUUGUUAGUUAAGAAGAAACUAUCAAGAAGAAACAACACCCCUCUCUCAAGUGAAUUCCUUUAUAGAUGGCAAACAGGUCUGCAAAAAUAUGAUCCACCAAGCUGAAUGCAUCUCACUGGUCAUGCAUUGUGGUCUCCUAGGUGCUUGAUAUUUCUUACCCUUUUCAUGCACCUCAUAUGCUCAGAGGAAGGUAUCCAAGCCUUUAGUGCAGCAGCACUGUAUUGUCAGAAGCUCCUUCAGGUUGCGGAACUAAUUAAUUUCUUCCUGAUUUCUGGCAAACCACCAUUUCCCACUAUAUCAGAAUGAGCAAACUAUGGACCAAACCUGGAUUAAACCUGUGAGAUUGAAGCUCCUUCCAGUUCAUUCUCUUAGCACCAAACUAUGAUUUGGCAUUAUUUCUGAACGGAGUCAUUGACUCUGUAGUUAGCAGCUGACAUUCAGACUAGUACUGCACAGGUGCAACAAUGCUAACUUCCAGACCAAUGCUGUGUCAUCAUGUGAGCUGGGGAAGAGGUGAUUUUCAACAAUCACCCCUUCCCUCUGAAGCUAGCUGUCCAUCAUGAAAAUAUGUCCCUGAGAGUAACGUGAAGGCACAUUGUUAGUUUGGAGCUCAGCACUGUAACACAAGUGCAGUGCUAGUCUGGAUGUCAGUCAGUGUUUUUAAAAUAUACUGUUUGUCAUGCACAGCACACAAGUGUAGAUUUAAAAUGCAUUUUAAAUAACAUUUGUGAAUUUAUUGCAAUUACAAAUACCGCAUUUCCACUAAACUACUAAUUAUUCCAUAAAUACUGUAAUUAUUUAUUUAAUUGAAUAAAUUAGCCAUUCCUAAAUUAACAAUAUUAUUAUUACUACAUUAAAUCCUAAUUACAUAAUAACUAAAUCCAAGGUUAAAUAAUUUAAUAUGAUUAUUAGAAUACUGAGUGUUUUAGAGUUUAUUGUAUUUCUCAUUGUUUUUGUUCAGUUCUACAUAAAUGUUCACUUUUUUCAACUAAAUUAUUGUUGCACAAUCUAGGGGAAAAUAAUAAAUAUAAUUUCAUGA